CAGGAAGUGCUGGCGGAAGUGGUGUAGGAGCGCUUUAGGGAAGGGACCGGCGGAGUAAACAGAUAUCCUGUCGACGCCUGAGGACGGUGUUGGUGGGUGCAGGCCACCAUGAACCGCCUCCAAGGUGACUACGACCCCUACGCAGUUGAAGAACCUAGCGACGAGGAACCGGCUUUGAGCAGUUCUGAAGAUGAAGUGGAUGUGCUUUUACAUGGAACCCCUGACCAAAAGCGGAAACUCAUCAGAGAAUGUCUUACUGGAGAAAGUGAAUCAUCUAGUGAAGAUGAAUUCGAAAAAGAAAUGGAAGCCGAAUUGAAUUCCACCUUAAAAACAAUGGAGGACAAGUUAUCCUCUCUGGAAACAGGAUCUUCCUCAGGACAUGGGAAAGUUGGAACAGCUCCAACAAAGUAUUAUGACGAUAUAUACUUUGAUUCUGAUUCUGAGGAUGAAGACAAAGCAGCACAGGGGACCAAGAAAAAAAAGAAGAAACAACACAGAAUUCCAACAAAUGAUGAAUUACUCUAUGAUCCUGAAAAAGAUAACAGAGAUCAGGCUUGGGUUGAUGCACAGAGAAGAGGGUACCACGGUUUUGGAAUACAGAGGCCACGUCAACAGCAACAACCUGUUCCAAAUAGUGAUGCUGUCUUGAAUUGCCCUGCCUGCAUGACAACACUGUGUCUUGACUGCCAAAGGCAUGAAUCAUACAAAACUCAAUAUAGAGCAAUGUUUGUCAUGAAUUGUUCUGUCAACAAAGAAGAGAUUCUAAGAUACAAAACCCCAGAGAACAGGAAGAAAAGGCGAGGUCAUAAGAAGAUGAAAUCUAACCAUGAAGAUGCUGCAGAGCAGGCAGAGACCAAUGUGGAAGAAAUCUAUCACCCAGUCAUGUGCACUGAAUGUUCCACUGAAGUAGCAGUCUACGAUAAGGAUGAAGUCUUUCAUUUUUUCAACGUUUUAGCAAGCCAUUCCUAAAUAGCUAAGUUGGCAUUUAGUUGCCCAGUAUAAUGGUGCAAAUAUGGACAUAUUUGCCUGCUUAUCUCAAGUGACAUUCUAAAUUGUUAUUUGAGGGAACAGUGUUUUAUCUUUAUCUUUUUGAAAGAAAAUGGUUAUCAACCUUCAUCCUUCUCCCUCAAAAAUUUUUUUUCCCUCAGCUUUGAUGGGACUCAUUAUUCAUACCCUUUUUGAUAGAUAUUUGGAAAUUGGGGCUUUUUAUUUAUUAAAGCUCUUUAGAAUUAAAAUGUGCUAGAGUUAUAAGUAA